GCUGCCUUUUUCUGGAGCUGGGAACGACGGAAGACUACCUGAAGAGGUGCAGGUCACUCAACUAUAUUAUCCACCGUGUAAGAACCUCGCGCUCUCUCGCAAAAAAUCAACGACCCACAUCAAAGAACCGGCGCGACUUACAAUAACAAAAAUAUGGUCGCUACCCCCGUCCAACGAAACGUCGAGUCCGCCUCGGCACGCUAUGCCGCAUCCUUUGACAAGGGCCACCUUGCCUUGCCGCCGUCGAAGAAGUAUCUGGUGCUCACCUGCAUGGACGCGCGUAUCGAUCCGGCACAGGCAUUUGGCAUCGAGCUGGGGGAUGCGCAUGUGAUCCGGAAUGCUGGGGCCUCGGCGGUGGACGCCCUGAGAUCAGUUAUCAUCAGCCAGCAGUUGCUGGGGACCGAGGAGAUCGUCCUGGUGAAGCACACCGGUUGUGGGAUGCUGACAUUCAAGAAUGCGGAUGCGUAUCAGAUUGUGCGGGAGAGGUUGGGAGAGGCCGCCCAUGCGGAGCUUCAGGAGAGAAAGCUUGAUUUCUUGCCGUUUCCCGAAUUAGAGAAGGCUGUUGCCGACGACGUUGACUUCCUCAAGCAAUCGCGAUUGGUGCCGGACUCGAUUGCCAUCAGUGGCUGGGUGUACGAGGUUGAGACUGGGCAGACUCGACGUGUUGUUUGAGCAUGGUCAGCUUUGAUUGAUACGGAUUUUGCGGCGUAGUGUCAUGUUGAUGUUAUUUUCUUCUCUUUGGACGUUCGCAAUUCAUUCAUGAUUUGUUUAUCAGUAAGCGAGCACAAGGUAAGGAAACAAGACAGAUGUUUGUCAGUCCUACUCCUUUCUUUAUCUUCUUCCCUUCCCCCAACCCCUCACCGGUCUUUCUCUUUUUCUUCCCUAAGGUAGGUUCUCUGGUCAGGGCCUGCCCGUGUGCCCUGCUACCAAACAAACCAGGGCUGGACUACACAGUCAUAUCUCAGAGCUCUAAAUGUGCCCUGUAAUUAAUCUAUCGUAGAUGGGUUGAAUUUUCAGGACAGCUG